GGAUGAGCAGUUUGAACCCCAGAAAACUCUAUUCAUCCAUUGCGAUGUGUCCGACCAGGAAAAACUGAGAGGUUUCUGUCAUCAGUGGAACCUAUCUUGGUUUGGAUUACAUGAGUAAGCAAAAUGGAGGUGAAGGCGGCAUCAUUAUCAAUAUGUCAUCUUUGGCAGGACUCAUGCCAGUUGCACAACAGCCUGUUUAUUGCGCUUCAAAGCAUGGCAUAGUUGGAUUCACGCGCUCAGCAGCGAUGGCUGCUAAUCUUAUGAACAGUGGUGUGAGAAUCAAUGCCAUUUGCCCAGGCUUUGUCAAUACGCCCAUCCUUGAAACCAUUGAAAAAGAAGAAAACAUGGGACAAUUUAUGGAAUAUGCAUACCACAUCAAAGAUAUGAUGAAAUACUAUGGGAUUUUGGACCCAUCAACGAUCGCCGAUGGAUUAAUAACACUCAUUGAAGAUGAUGCUUUAAAUGGCGCUAUUAUGAAGAUCACAUAUUCUAAGGGAGUUCAUUUUCAAGACUAUGAUGCAACUCCGCUUCCUGUAAAAACUCAGUGAACAUCUUCUAUAUCAGCCAUAACUGAAAAUAAGCACAAGUGACUUAUAUUCAGACCAUAUCUUCAUUUGAAUAUAACUUUCAAAGUGAAAUGUUAUUGUAUGACACUUCCCUUCAUGCAUUUCAUGUUAAUUUUUUUUCUAAAUGAUUAGUUAAAUAUAUAGAAAAAAAAUUGGGGAUUGUCAAAAAUAUGAUGGGAACCAAAGCUAGAUUUUGAUCCUUAUGGCCUAGGUAAUGAUUAAAGCAAAGGAUAUUCAAGGAAUAUUCUGCUUUUCAAAAAAUGUAUUUAAAUUUGUGGUUCAUAAAUAUUGUUUUUCAGAACAUCAUUUUAAAGGGGAUACUUGAAUUGUUAUUUAAAUCAAACCAUAUGUAAAAAACUUGCCUCAUUUUGUUUCAAUAUUAGCAUUUUAAACGAGGGAAGCUACUGACAAUGGCAAAUAUUUAGUAACAAUAACUUUUAUUUAUAUACCAGCUUUCAGCUGAAUAUGUCAGCUUUUAAAGUUGUGGCAUAUUUGGCGGCAGUUAAGGAAUAAAUUACAGUGUGCAUACAAUCCUAAAUGAAAAGCUGAUGCAUGAAAAAUGACAGAGUGUAACUGGCUGAGUUGUUGAUUCACAGUUCAGUUUCCCAUCUGGGAAAAGCGGUUUUUCCCUCUUUGCUUACUUUAAAAACUUUAAUUGAGUCCAAAAAUCUCAGGAAUGAAAUUUGUAAUAGCUACAGCAGAAAAGAUAGUGCUCCUAAAAUGUUAUAUUUAAGAUACACUUAUUAAAAAAACAAAUACAGAUGUAAUUUUUUUUCAGAUUACUUCUCAUUUAUUUUUACUAAUUUCAAAAGUGCCUUCCUUUUAAUGAAACUUUUUUCCCCCCUCUCAUCUCCAGAAGUUACUUAGUGUUCUAUGUAUAGCGAUGCAGAAGAAGCCAAUUUGUUGCAGCUUCCACUGUAAAUGUUUUUGUAUGCUCAGAGCCAUAAUCACAAGAGGUAAAAAUAGCUGUGGUGUAUUUCUGUUUUCCCUGUCAGGUCUUUUAAGAUGGGAUCAUUAAGUGCACCUGCUUUGGGUAACCCUAUUCACAAGCAAUAAUUAAAGCUAAUAAUAGUGAAAGCACAAGAUUUCUAACUCAAUCCUUUCCUCUUACAACUUAUACAAAAUACAAAAUGUAAAUGUUGUAUGAGUGAAUCACUGUGUCUGCUAACUCCAGAGCUCCCAGCUUGGAACAGAAUUUAUCCACCUGAGAUUAAUAAAUAUUUCCUAGAGAUCCUGGAGUGUUGCCAUAUCUUGCUCUGUUUUAAUUCUGCCAUAGAGAACAAGUUGCCUUCACUUUUCAAAGGAAAUUUGAAUAUGAGUAACUGUUGUCUAGAUCUUCACAUACUGUAUUUCAAAAACCAAGAAAUGAACAUCAGUGACUGUCUAAUAGAGAUAAAUUGUAUAAUUAGCACAACCUUAUUUGUACAUUAUGGCAGUGACCAAUCAGUGAAUAACAUGGGUACUAUAUGUGGUGUGUCACUUUUGUAUGUAUUUUUCCACUGUAAUGUUUAAAGCUGUAGCUUAAGCUUUUCAUUCAUAGAUAAUUCUUUGUAUUGGCAGCCUUCAGUAUACUUUGUACUUUGAUUUUUAAUUUUUUUCAAAUUAAUAAACUAUGCAGACAUUUACAACUGAGUAGAACUAAAAAAUGUGAUUUAUAUUUUAAAAAGUUAUUAUACAUUAAAAUUUAUCUUCUAUAAAUAGCUUUAAAUAAAUCGAUAAUGUUAUAUGAUAUCUCUACAUGCUGGUAGAGAAAAAAUAAAUAUUAAAUUGGGGGGAGGUUUAGUUCCUUUAAUUGUAUUUUUCAGUGAAAAUCCUAAUGUGAAUAAUAAGUGUUUUUCAAAUGUCUUUUCCCUAUACAUGAAGUAGGGCUCGCAGAGCAGCAAAACUAAAAAUGUGUAGGCUCUGAAAAAAGAUUGAGAUUCGCUAUUGACACUGAAAUGUCCAACAAGCCUAUUUUUUCAAUAUAACAAUAGUCUUAGAUAUUUAUAAUACCAUUUAAGAUACAAGUGAUGAUGUCAAUGAUUUCCAUCUAUGCUUUAUUUAUUCAUAAAUUUAGGACACAGAAGAGCUCUGAAAAUGUACAUGUUUAAUAAAAUCUAAAGUCAUUCCCAUACUAAAUAUCAUUUGAUGGGUAGCUUUUUUCUUACAUUAGAAUUUCAAAAGACACAUUUACUGGUUCCCUGAAAAAGGUGAUUGGAUCUAAGGUCACAAGUGAUGUCAUCAGUCCUCCAUCUCUGUCCUCUUGUUGGCUUCCCUCCUAGGCAGCUUUCUUCAUAUGAUGCUUCCAGGAGCUACAGCCGGAUUCUCUCCAACCUCCAAACUGGCAAAACAAGAGCCUGUUUUUGGCAACAGAGCUCAUUGGUCUUUCUUAGCUUAUGUGCAGAUUACUGAGACAUUCCUGUAGUCAGAGAGAUACCAAAUGACAAGCCUUCCCCAGAGCUGGUAGGACUGGAGGGUGCUGGGGAACACGGAACAUGGGCAGGAAAUUGACUUGCAUCCUAUGGACUAAGAAAAGGAGAGGGAUAAUUUUCAAGAGGAAAAUUAGGCUGGCAUUACCAGAACAUAAACCAGAGAUAGCCUCUGUAGAGGAAGACAGAGUGAACAAAGGAUUAGUUAUGCCUUAAUCCUUUAGAUAAAUUUUCACAGACUACCGUGGUUCCUAUAAUAUGCCUAGAUCCAUGUUUUUCAAAUUGUAUGUAUCACGUUGGAUGGGAUAUGAAAGAAGAAAAUGAAUAAAAAAUGCAGCAGGCAUCUCAUGCA